GAUUUUUACCUUUUCCCAGCCCUUUGCCCUCUACCUCUUUCAUUUCCUCCACUCUAGGAACUGACAGCGCUAGUAAUCUUAGUACAGGUGCAUUAGAACGUCCUCUGAAAGCCUAGCUUUUAACCGCUGAUGUUGCCGCUCUGGCUGCCUUUCUGUAUGAGGUACCUGGCCUAGUCUGCUGCUCAGUGAUUUCAGCCUCCUCAGACGUGAUGAGAGUGUGACCAGAGUGAAAACUUCACCAAUUCUGCCAUGCUGAGUAUCAGUGCUUUGAACUUUUAAGUCAUCUUUGAGUUCCUGCUCAAAGCCUUACAGCUCAGCCACUCUGUAUACCAACAACACUUCAGACUGAGCUUUGUGUGGAAGAAGAGACCCUGGUCAGGAGUGCAGCAACUGUUCUCAUUGCAACUCCACUUUGGGUCUCCCUCGCUCUAAGUGAGGAGGCAAACAUGGCGCAUAUUCUAAGAAUAGGGGAAAAUGAGCAGGAGGGCAUGUCAAGCAUGUUAGUUAGUCGAAGUGAAGAAGAAAUUGAACAAAAGACCAGAGUAACUAGAUCACUCAGUCUAAGAGAAAAGAAGCCAGAAGACAAGUUUGAAGAUGCCCAUGAAGUUAUCCCUGCAGCAACAACAAUGAAUCUCUUAUCUUCCCUGGAAGAAUGCACAACUGGAUUGUACUUAUUUCUAAAUAACAGAUUCUCAGAUGCAAUAAAUCUUAUUCAUCCAUGGUAUAAAAACAGUCCAUACCAUGCCCUAAUAUAUAGUAUGCUUAUGGUUGUCAAGGCCAUCCUGACUUUUGAACCACAUGAUAUUCACGUUGGAAUGACUGCUGCAAAGGAAGCUUUGAAAACCUGCAACAAUUUCCGAAAAAAAAACAGGAUAAUGACUUUAUCUCGUCUAGUGAGUCGGCAGGGAAUAAAGUCCAUCAAAGAAGAGGAGUUACAUGCAGAACUCUGUUAUGCUGAGUGUUUGAUAUUGAAAUCUGUCAUAACAUUUAUACAGCAUGAUAGUUUGCUUAGUUUUCUUAAAAGUGGCAUCAAUAUUGGGUCAAGUUAUCAAAUAUACAAAGACUGCCUACAGAUACUAGCACUUAUGCCUGAGAGCCAAAGCAAAACUCACAGACACUUGGAUGGAGGAAUAAAGUUUGGUCUUGGAGUGUUCAAUUUGAUAUUUUCACUUGUGCCACCAAAGUCACUUAAACUUCUCAAUGUUGUUGGAUACACUGGCAACAGAGAAGUAGGCCUGGCUCUGCUUCAUGAAAGUGCCUCCGAACCCCACAUAAAUAAUAUCUUAAGUGUUUUCACUCUUCUCUUUUAUUACAAUUAUAUCCAGGUAGUUUUUGAUGUUGAAAAGAAUUACCGUUUUGCUACAGAGAGUUUCUUCCUAGUCCACCUUGAGAAGUUUCCAAACUGCGUUGUGCUUAAAUUUUUUCAUGCACGUUUUAGCAUGCUGAAGGGACAAUUUCAAAAUGCCCAGUUAAAAUUGCAAGAGUGCAUUUUAAGUCAGAAUGAAUGGAAGCAGGUUCAUCACCUCUGUUACUGGGAACUCAUGUGGUGCAAUAUUUUUCUGCAGAAUUGGAGGCAGGCUUACCAUUAUGCCAAUCUACUGUCUCUAUAUAGCAGGUGGUCUAAGGCAAUUUAUGCGUACAGCAAAGCUAUAUUACUGGCCUUGCUUCCUCCUAAUUCUACGAACUCAGAAGGUGAGACCAUGAGCUCUGUCUUCUUAAGUGUGGAUAGCCUGAGAAUGAAAAUUUUAGGCUCCUCUCUGCCAGUAGAAAAGUUUAUUGCUGAGAAAAGCCAGCGCUAUGGUAGUACGACAGGCUGGUUUACAGCACAGCCCCUUCUGGAAUUCAUUUACGCCUGGAGUGGUUUCCGAGUCAUGAGCAAAAAAAUAGAGUUUAUUUCAAGUUGGCUAUCCAUAAUUGACAAAGGAAAAGAGCUUGUGAGUGAAAAUCCAAGCCAAGAGUAUGGCAUAGAUGACAUAAGUUUGUUAAAUUUGCUGAAAGGUCUGUGCCUGAAAUUCUUAGGCAAACAUUUGAAGGCUGAGCACUAUUUUAUUCAUGUUAUUAAGAAGGAGAAAAUGUUAAAAUACGACCACUAUUUGGUGCCGUAUAGUUAUUAUGAACUGGGAAUGCUAUACUAUCUGAAAGGAGAUUAUGCCAGUGCAACAAAAAACUUAAACCACAUAAAGCACUAUAAAGACUAUUCCAUGGAAGCCCGGUUACUGUUUAGGGCUCAUAUUGCCCUUGAGCAAAUAGCUAAAUUAGAAAAGUAAUCUAAACCCAAUGUGCUUCUUUUUAGCAUGAGUGGAAUAUCUACAGUCAGCAAAGCGAUUAGGAAGUAAAAAAGUGAUCUCUUUGUGGAACAAAAAUC